UCCUUGCAAGGUGUAAGCGGGGAAACAAGUUUUAUCGAACAAGUCACCGCUGGCAAGUUGAGUACAAAUAUCUGGAUCUCACUCGAAUCUACGCUGUGCUUAGCGAUGGUUGUCCAAUCAUAAUUUAUUCUAAUGAUAGUGUAAAAUACAACUGUAGUAGCUAAGUACGUAAACCGUUAGGAAUUUUCGCACUAAUCAAAUUACCAUAAUGUAAAUGCACAUAUUAUACCAACUCUGAAUAUAAACAAGAUAAAAAUAAAAUCGAAACGAAAAUUUUACACAUUAAUGUAUUCUGUUAAAUCUCAUAAUUGCAUGUAAUUUUUAGUGAUGCGCAUUAUCGUCUGAACUAAGUGACAUUUAAUAAUCAAGUUUUAAUAAACGUUUACUAGUUCAGUGCAUUAUGGACUCCAAUUAUAAAGAAAUAAGUGUGCGUGAUAAUAUUGGUGAAAAUAAAAAGUGCUCAUGGAUGCCAUUUAUAAAACAGCUCACCAUUUGCAGUGGAGUAUGGACUAUAUAUUUCAUGCUCGGAUUAUCUUCGGGAGCGCCAACAGUGUUCAUCCCACAAAUAAGAAAGGAGGCAAACUCAACAGAUGCAGUCAGUGAAGAGAUGGAGUCAUGGCUAUCAUCUGUUAUAGGAUAUGGAGGACUGCCAUGGGUGCUAAUAUUACCAGUAUUUACCGAAUUCGUCGGACGAAAGAUACCUUUUGUUAUUCUGUGCGUAAAUUCAUUAGUAGUCUUCAUAGUCUUCUAUUUUAGCACAAACACGACACAAAUUUUAAUCAGUGAAAUAAUGCAAGGCAUGGCACAAACUGGCGCGCAUACCAUACUUCCCGUUAUCAUCACAGAAUACACGUCGGUCAAGUACAGAGGAAUAUUUCUUACUAUCAAAUCAGCGUCGUUCUUUUGGGGAAUAUGGGCCUCGAAUGCCAUCGGCACGUUCUACCCGUGGAAGAAUAUUGGCAUACUGGGAUUCGUUUGUUCUGCUUUCACUCUGACUGUUCUCAUUUGGCCGGAAUCGCCGUACUGGCUGGCUACCAAAGGAAGGUACGAAGAAUGCACUACUUCGUAUCACUGGCUGAAAGGAUACGACAAAGAAUCAGAAGAAGAACUGGAAUACCUGAUAAAAUCCCAAAAAGAGUAUCGUAAAAGCCAUGCUGAGGAUAAAAGAACGCUACGUCAUCGGUUUGUAAAUUUUUUGAGGACAACAGUUUGCAAAGAAUUUUAUAAACCUAUAUUACUGUGUAUGGUGAUGAUGGGUUUGUGUCAUUUAUCAGGUAAAAUUGCUUUUGGUAUUUACGCCAUUCACAUAAUAAAGAAAAUCACGAAUAGCGAACCAAUGGCGUAUAGAGGCAUGCUGAUAUUAGACGGCGUCACAGUACUUGGAAUGUAUAUUGGAUGCGUGUUCGCAAAUUUUCUAAAAAGAAGGACGCAGCUACUUGUGGCUUCGACGAUUGGCAUGGUAUUUUUGUUCAUGACCUCUCUUUAUUUAUAUUUGAUAAAAUUGUCUGUGAUUCCUGAAAACGAUAUUUUGUCUAUUGCUUUCUUAAUAUUGUUUUCGGUGACCAUAAGCUGCGGACCAAUUAUAAUGAGCACAUCGAUAUACGGGGAGUUGAUACCUUUGAAAUUCAAAAGUUCUGCCAUGUUUAUAAUGGGCAUAUUUAGUGAUGCACUCAUGGCUACAGUUUUAAAAAUUUCUCCUUUCUUGUUUAGAAUCUUCGGUUUACACGGUGCUUGUUUAUUCUACGGACUGUCAGCUACUUUCUGUAUUUCUAUACUAUACAAAUAUUUACCGGAGACUAAAGAUAAGUCGCUUCAAGAAAUAGAAAGUUAUUUUACGGACAAAUCCGGCGAAGAAGGAAAGGAACUAAUGAAUCUCAAAAACGGUGAAAAUAAAAAUAUAGCUUAAUUGCAAAGUGAAGGAGGAUAAUUAAAUUGUAGAUUUUUUAAAAACUACAUUAUUUAUUAUACUGUAGAGUACAUAAUCAUAGUUCUGAAUAGGUUGUUAAAUUAGUUUUGUUAAGUAUGUUAAAUAAUACAAGUAUAAUUCGUACUAGUCUAAAGUUCGAUGAAUUAUUGUGCCUAUAAAUAUUAUACAGUAGAUUUGAUGUUUUUUUUUUUUCAAUAAAUUUCGACAAUUCUGACUUUUUAUUAAUCAUAUUAGUUGGUAUUAACUAUUAUAAUUAACUUUAUCCAUUAUUUCGAAAGUAAACUCAAAAUUUUGGACAUGAAUACAAACUGCCGAAAUACAUAUUUGAAAUUAAAAGAAAUACUUAAUAAUAUAUAUUCCUUUUGUAAAUUAAUAGCAAACUAUUUUUAGACGUAACUUACUACAAAGCUGUUGAGCUACUUAAAUACUUGUUACUUAAAUUCUUGUAUAAUGUUGAUAUUAUUACUGAUGACUUUACUUCAUCAGUAAUAAUAUCAACAUAUUAUUACUGAUGAAGUAAAUUUUGUAUGUAUCUAACGCAGAUUAAAUUAUGUAAGAUUUUAACUGACCAAUUUUAUCUUUUAGCGACAUAUCAUACCUUAAUCGGUAUUAAGUAAAUAAAAUUAAGUAAUUUUAGUGAAAAAAUAUAAUUCCUACGAUGUAAAUUUUAAACAAUAAGAACUGAAUGUCAAUUUGUAAU